AUGGCUGCUACUCGCCGCCUGUCCUCCCUGGUCGGCAGCACCAAGCAUGAUGGACCGUUUCAUUCGACCAUUGCCAACGAAACCCAACUGGCACAGCUGGGCUAUGAGCAAGAACUCAAACGCUCAUUCUCCCUCCUGGGCAUGGUCGGAUUCAGCUUCUCCAUCGUCACUUGCUGGACCGCCCUCGGAGGCACACUGAUCGUGGGCAUCGUCGCGGGCGGCCCCCCGGUCAUGGUCUGGUCCUGGUUGGGAAUCUGUCUGCUCUCACUGACCGUGGCAUACUCAUUUGCCGAAAUGUGUUCGGCCUAUCCCACCGCCGGUGGUCAGUAUAGCUGGGUCGCCAUCCUCGCUCCGCCAAAGUACGCUCGUGGCGCCGCCUUCGUGACCGGGUGGUUCAUGUGCACGGGCAUUGUGGCCAUGGGGGCUGUCAACAACUUCCUCGGCGCCAAUUUCAUCCUCGGCAUGGCCAACCUGAACAAUCCAUCCUACACCAUCGAGCGCUGGCACACAGUGCUGGUCACGUACCUGAUAGCCAUCCUCGCCGCCACGAUGAACGUCUACCUCUCCCGCUGGCUCAAUCAGAUCUCCACGUUCGCCGUGGCCUGGAACAUCCUCAGCUUCUUCGUCGUCAUCAUCACCAUCCUGGCCGCCAACGACCAUAAACAGUCGGCCAGCUUCGUGUUCUCCGACUUUCAGAACCAGACCGGCUUCUCGUCCGGCGGCAUGGCUGUCAUGAUUGGUCUGUUACAGACCCUGUUUGGCAUGUGCUGCUACGACGCUCCUAGCCACAUGACGGAAGAAAUGCUCAACCCGGCCAAAGAGGCGCCCCAAGCCAUCAUCCUCUCGGUGUACCUGGGCGCGGUGACGGGGUUCGUGUUCCUGAUCUCCGCCUUCUUCUGCAUCGGCGACCUGGACGCCACGGCGACGACGCCCACGGGUGUGCCGCUGAUCCAGAUCUUCUUCGACAGCACGGGCAGCGUGAGCGGGGCCACCACCCUCGCCGCCAUGAUCACCGUCAUCAUGCUGAUCUGCUCCAACUCACUGAUGGCCGAGGGGUCGCGCGCCUUGUGGGCCUUUUCGCGCGACCACGGCCUGCCCUUCAGCAAGCUGUGGGCCCGCGUCGACAAGAAGUCCCAGGUGCCCGUGUACAGCGUGCUGCUGUGCGGCACGCUACAGGCCGGCCUGAACAGCAUCUACUACGCCUCGUUCGAGGGCUUCUCGACCGUCAUUUCCAUCGCCACCUUCGGCUUCUACCUGUCGUACGCGGCCCCGCUGUUCGUGCGGCUGUGGUCGCUGGCCACGGGGACCAACCCGGCCGCCACCACCAUCCGCGGCGGCGUCUAUACUCUGGGCAAGUGGUCCCCGUACCUCAACCUGGCCGGCCUGCUGUUCCUGGUCUUCGCCGGCGUCGACUUCAACUUCCCGCAGGUCGGCCCCGUCACCGCGGGGAACAUGAACUACUGCAGCGCCGCCUUCGGUGUCAUCGGCGUCGUCAGCGUCAUCACCUGGGUCUUUGACGGCCGCAAGAACUUCACGGGUCCUCAGACCCCGGGCGUCGUUAAUGCCAUCGAGGCCGGUGCUACUGCAGGUGGUGACAAGGGAGGCCUGACGCCCGAAGGGACGGUGAUGGGUGAGUAUGACGCCACGAGGGACGAGAAGAGGGGGACUGUCCCCGCUUCCUCCGAGGACAGCAUCGAUGACUCCAGCGACGAGAAGCCACCCGUCGAGGAUGUCGCCCGAGUGGCGUGA